AAGACAGCAUCGAAUACGGGGUGACACCUCGUUCAGUUGGAAUCGCAAAAUAUGAUUAAAAAUACGAACAACAGUCGAGUCUUUAAUAAAUUGUCCUCAUUCAUCAACAGUCGCGUCUAGUACAGAUUCUGUUGUCAUCCGUGUGCUACUGUCUCUGAUGCUCUUCGUGCCUGUGUUCUGUGAAAUCCAGGUUAUAGACAGGAAACCAUCGGUAGAUUGGGAUCAAAAUAUCCUGGAUGAUUCCAAGUUCGUAGUGUCGAUUCGCACUGCAAAGCCAAUUCGGUUUUGGGGCGACAACCACUUUUGCGGCGGGUUCAUAAUCACGUCCUCUUGGGUUGUAACCACAGCUCGCUGCGUCUCCGUGAGGCCUUCCAGCUCCUGCUGCUACCCCACUGAAAGAAGAAAUCUGAUGGUGGUGCUCGAUACCUUAAACCGCCUUGACGAGCCAGUCAGUGAGAAGAAGAUUGCCGUGAAGAGGAUUGUCCUGCAUCCCAAGUACAGAGCAUAUUGCCAUGACUUGGCCCUGCUGCAGCUGAAGAGCUUUGUCCCCAGGAACCUGCACUACAGUCAGACGAUGCUGCCAGAGCAUGAGAUGCCAAAGAACGCAACCUGCAUAACCUUGGGUUGGGGAAGGAUGUACACCGACGGACCCAUUACGAACGAGAUGAUGAAGCUGAUGGUGUGGACGAAGCCCGAACUUAAUUAUCAGAGUAGCUGCUCCUUUCGCAACAAAACCAUCUACGCGAUCCGCCGUGAUGGAUACGGGAACACAAGCCAGGGAGAUCUGGGUACUCCGCUCCUCUGCAACCAUACGCUGUACGGGGUGAUGGGACUGCGGAAAAAAAGCCAGGAAUACGGACCCAUGAUCUUCACCAACAUAUACGAUCACAUGAGCUUUAUCGAAAGUACCAUAAGCGCCAGCACACCCCGUCGUGGCUCUGGCCUCACCCUGACCCUAAUCCUGACCUUGUCCAGUGUUGCGAGCCAUUGAUGAAGAUGUGAAUAAUGAUGCUGGAGUGUGGGUUGUCUUGCUGGCUGGUGGUUGGGUUAAGUGGGUGCAAUCGAUGUGGAUUUUAAUUGGAUCGAAUCGAAUCGAAUCGCUCUUUGUUCAGGGUUCAGGGUGUCAAGGGACAUGUGCCCAGCAGCCCCUGCCAACCCCUUCUAAGAGCCAUGGAAAUCACUCGAAUCUAUCUCUACUUCCCCCCAUUCAUCGAUCGAUCAGGUAGAAAAUCGUGUAACCGCUGAUGGAUCGCCAAGAGAGCAGCAACCCCAGCCACCUCCCCGAGCACCUAGCAGCGCCUCCGCAGUCGUCGAGUUUUGUUUUGUUUUCGCAAAUUUUUUUGUUUUUUCUUUCUUUUCCUAUUGGUAGUUGUUGUUGCUGUUUCUAUAGUCUUUUUCUGUUCUGUCUACAACGCUCUCUCUCUCUGUCCCUCUCUUGCUCUCUCACCAUAAAUGCUUUCAUUCGAAUGGCAUUAGUAAUUCGAUUGCCAUUAUUGUUGUUGUUUUUUGUGUCAUCGCAGGCCGCCGUUUGAAUUGAUUGUCGAAUUUGAAUACCUCGCCGCCGUCGUCGUCAUCAUCAGUGUACCCGCUGUCGUCGUCGUCGUCGUCUCUGCUCUGCUCUGCGGCCUGCUGCCUGCUGGUUGCGCUUCGUAUCAGUUAGUCAGUAACUUUUGCCGCCGUCGCUGCUGUUGUCAACGUCGUCGCACAAGCUCUGCCCCAGCCCUGCGUCCAAGGAACACGUAAGAAGAAAAGGAGGCACACCCCCGCUAAAGGCAGGCCAAAGAGCGGCCACGAAUCUCACCUGAAUUAAAUGUAUCGAAAGCAGAAUUACUUUUCGAUCUUGUCCCGUCAGUGGUUGCGCACUGCGCGGAAGUGCUGAUGUUUCUGCUUCUGCUUGUGCCAGGUGCCAUUGCCAGUUGCCCCGUCGCCUGUUGCCAUUGCCGUCGCGUCGCGUCGCGUCGCGUCACAUCGCCUCUUCUGCGGUGCCCUGCCUGCUGUCUGUCUCUGUGUCAGCGUUGGCCGCCGUUGCAGCUUCCUCAACAUCCGUGUUUGCAGUCGGCAGUCGGGAUCGGUAGUUUGAACGGAAACGUACGCAAAUCAAACGACUACGCUGCGUGAUGACCUUGUCCGUGAAUGUGUCUUGAACUCGGACUCGACUCGGGGUAUCCGUAAUACACCUCGUACUGAAUCAAGUGUCGCCUGACCUGUCAGUGUAUGCGUGCCAGCAAAGUUCGUUUUAUUGACACACGAAUUUUACAUUUCAUAAACCCAUAAAAUGUUUAUAAAUAAAAAGUAAAUAUUUGAACGCACUGCAGCGCAAGAUCAGAGGGAUAGAGAGAGAGAGAGAUAGAGAGCGACCGAGCGGCAGAGAGUGAGAGGCGUGAGGAGAGCAUUUCGCCAAGUUUAGUGUGCCCCAGACCCCAGUCUCUGUAGUUAUUCUGUCAGUGUGUGGGUAAUUGCUGAUCAAUUGUCAUGUGCCCCAAAAGAUCACACACCAACACAAGCACACUCUGAUGUACACUGUCGCGCAAACAAAAAA